AUGUCGCUUCCACAACCAAAAGUCGCGUUGAAUAACGCGUGCUCUGUCAUCUUCAACAACACACUGUACACGUAUUCCGCCGAUGCUUUCCAGGCAUUGCGCUUAGCGCCGGGGGCGGAAUGGGAGGAGCUGACACAGGGCGAGAAGGUGACCGGCGGUGUUUGUGUGGGCUCAACAACAGGCACCCCGUCCACAUCGGCCUUCUUCGUUGUCGGGGGAGUCGGAGGCACGGCCGGGUACCAGGGAUUGCAGAAAUACACGUAUGCGACGGGAAAAUGGGAGUCCAUCAAGCUGUCCAUGGCGGUAACGGACCAGCGGGUGGGACACAGCGCAGUCUACCUCAACAGCACCGACUCCAUCCUCGUUUUCGCCGGCGUUCAGGAUGGAACAAACAGCCCGUCGACGCAAACUUUUACCAUUGGCGCGUCGGCGCCCUAUCCAGUUGUUGCCUACGACUCGGUUGCGCCGCCCUCGACUAGACCAAUUCUUCUACCCUGGUCUGCUAGCGAGGCUGUGAUGGUCGGCGGGAGCACCUACAACACGAAGGUCAUGCUCUUCAGCCGCGAGCGAAGUUGGGUAGACUCCGGAGCGUCCCUAGCAAAGCCGCUGGCCAAGGACACGUCGUCGAUCCAGGCCGCGUUAGUGACGGGCGACGACGGGUCAAAGAACCUCAUCACGUUCGACAUGAGCGAGUCGCCAAACGUCGUCCAACGGACAGUUUUAUAUAGCGCGCCGGGCGUACCAGUUCCUAAUUCCGCGCCAUUGCGAAGGCGGUCGUCGGGGGUGGACGAGUUGACCAACAGGGCGAGGAGGAGUACAGGGCCCUUGACAUUGAACACUUGGCCCGCGUACAAUUCGACUCUGGCACCGAAAACCACCAGGAGCGGCUUCAGUCUCGCUCAGGGACCGGACGACACAGUUGUGAUAUCGGGCGGGAAUGAUGAGGAUGUGCUUUGCAUGUUCGAUGCCAGGCAGAACAGCUGGGAGGAUGCGAGCGCAAAGCUGGCACAAUUCCGACUGCUCUCCUCCGAUAGCACCUCGACAUCCUCCUCGACCGCAGCAAGCUCAACCUCAACAGCGUCGUCGACGUCGACCUCGACGUCAACACACACCCCGGCAUCAAGGGCUGCUACCUCCACGUCCGUUCCCGCGAGCGUAACGGGCCCGGCGGCGGCGACGCAAACUCCAACACAAACGUCCAUGCCCUCCGUGUCGGACAGCUCUGGGCCACCACUCAACACUAUCCUCGGCGCCGUCCUGGGCGGUUUCUUUGGGCUGGCGGUCGCUCUGAUCCUCCUGUAUUUGUGUAUCAGGAGGCGAAGGAGGCGGCAGGCUCACACGGAGGCGGGCCGUCUGCGAAGGGCCAGCGGGUUGUCACCGAACGAGAAGGAUGGCUUUAGGUUUGCCAAAGACAGCCUGCCCGCUGGCCGGGGUUCGCCCGGUGUCUUCCGUGGACAUCAGCCUCAGGGCUCGCAAAGUUCUUUCUCAUCGAUGGGGAUCCUGAUGGGCCGCGCGGGUCAACCGAAGCCGAAGCCGUCCGGUUUUGGCCGCAAGUCGAGCAACGAUUCCAGGCGCGACUCGUCCGACAGCACCUUCAGGGCGUUCAAGAGCACCAUCAGCAAGCCGAUCCCGCAGGUGGCUCAGGCGCCGCAGAGCCAGCCGCUGAGUCGGGACCAGAAGGACGUGGCGUUCGCAGCAGCUAGCACUGCAGAGCCGAAGCCGCGGAACCCGACGACUGGGGCGGAUCGACAGGGGAGUAUGCGACGCAGCUCCGGGUGGAACAGGUACUGGUCUGGCGGUUCGACGAUGAACCUCAUGGGCUUUGGGAGCGGUCAGGGUGACAGUAACAGCAACAGCGCGGCGAACAACUCGAAACGGACCACGCUGCGUUCGGAGGGGAGCUCUUACUACAGCGACCCGCAACGCAUGACCCAGGAUAGCGCGACGGUGCCGCCUCUGUUUCCCGCCGCCGCUGCCGAGCCCCGCAUGUCCUUCAGUCGCGUCAACGCACACAGCCCUACCAUCUCGGUGUACAAUGACAAACUGAAGGAAGGGUUGAGCGGCCGGAUCGAAACGCAGCGCCCGGCCAGCGCGGUGAGCGAGGGAUCCGCAUCGGCAUAUUCGAGCGGCAUCCCGGAGUCGGUCCAAGAAGCUUGGGAUCCGACCGCCGCCAACAAGCCCUGGGGCGCGGACCGGUUGCUCAACAGCUCCUUUACCGGCCUGUACUCGACGCCGCUCGCCCCUGCCUCCCAGGGCUUGAAGGCCUCAACUCGGACGCCGUCGCGGCAGCCACAGGCGCCUGUGCGCGACGACAUGAGCUGGCUCAAUCUGAAUUCCGGCUGA